UAACCAAACAACCUUUACUCCAAUUCCAUCGACUUCUUCUUCUCCUCCCUCACCCUCUGCAACACCACGACUCGCUGUCACAGUGGCCUUCACCAAACCUCUACAGCCACCCUACAUCAACUAAGACCGAAACACAUCACUACCCCCAUCAUCCUAUGCUACAUAUUUCACUGAUUUAACACUCCCUCUCUCUGUUAGGGUUUUGAAAUCGAUGAACUAGGUUGAGGGACAUGGCAGAGGGAACUGAAACUAGAGCUCGAGCUUUGCAGCAGCAUGGAGAGGAGGAUGGAGUGGAGCAGAAGCAGGUGGAAUUUGGUACUUUUGAAGUUGUUGUAGAGCCAAAGAGGAAAAGCGAGGAAUUGUGGUGCUGCACUGGUUUGUGAAAGACAAAGACCCAACUGGUUUGUGCAAUGGCUAAAAAGGGGUAAGCCUAAACUUUGGGCUCAACUUCAGCCAAACUAAAGUUUAAACCCAGCUGAAUUGUAGAUAGUGGGUUGUGUUCACUGAUUUUUGGGCUUCGAAUUUUUGUUUGAACCCAGCUGAAUUGUAAACUGUGGGCUUUUGAUCACUGCACUUUGGGCUUAAAAUUGUAUUUAAACUAAUCCCAGCUGGUCUUUGUUUCUAAAACACCAAUCAAUGGGCUUUGUAAACUGAAUAGUUGGGCCUCUCACUCAAACUAUAAGUUGUCCCCUGGGCUUCGCUCAAACUGAAAGCAAAAUUUUAGACCUUGUUCGCACCAAAACCGAAUUUUCGGCCUUGUCGAACUCAAAUUCUGAAACCCAUUAAAAACCAAAUCUUCCUUUCACCCAUCAAAUACCCCUAAUCAAAAACCAAAAGUUUUUCAAACCCAUUAAAACCAAAUUUUUUCCUACAACCCAUAAAACCGAAAAUUUUACAAACCCAUCAAAACCAAAUGUUUCCCGCAAAAAUCAAAAAAGUCCAAACCCAUUAAAACCAAAUAGUGGGCUUUGUAACAUAGUUACUUAGAUUUUGAGCUUAAUCAUGUCCGGAUUUUGGUCUGCAACUGGAGAUUCGAAUAAGUCCAUUAGGGAACUUGCUUAUGGGCAUACUUCGCAUUAUAAGCCUCCGACAGACCAUGAUGUCAAUAGUUAUAGGGAUUAUUAUGGACAUUUUCAUAGUCUUGAACCUCAAUACAUGAACCCUAAUAACUAUGCACACAUGUAUCAUCCUCCACGGAGAGAAUAUGAACAUUUUGUUGAUGCCUCACUCACACAAUCAACACUUUUUGAUCAAUUAGAAGCUAGAGUCACUGCUUUAGAAAUGGAAAUGCAUGAGAACUCUGUCACAUCUGAUUCACCUAGGCAACCUGAGAUCUAUGCUUGUGCCAUAUGUGGUAGGUUAUACCACCCUGUUGAGAAUUGCUAUGUUGCACAUGAUUUUAGGCAGUCUAGAGGAAAUCCAAGGUAUGAAAUACCCACAGAUUAUGAUACUGGUAGUCAUUGGAACCAUAAUCAACCUUUCGAAGGUUGCGAUCAGUUUUUGAUAAACUCUAAUGACCAGGAACCCAUGUAUCAGAUUGCUGAAGACUCUCCCUGCAUAAGACGAAUUCAUGCAUAUUUAGAUCAAAUUAUGCUUCAUAUACAAAAUGAAGGAGAGGAAGAAUUUCACCAUGAGAUGUCUGUUAUCCCUAAUGAAUUUGAUUCUGAAAAUAGUGUUUAUAAUUCUACUCAUGCUAGUAAUAUUGAACAUGAACCUAAUAUAGAGGUAAAUGAGUGGACUAGAGACACUAUAGUUACGAGUAGGGAAUGGCAUCCUUGUUAUGAUGAUGAUGAUGAUGUUAUGUUAUGUUAGAAGAACAUGUCUAUGCUGAAAAUAGUGUGGAACCUUUGGGUUCAAAUACAUUAGGCUCCUCUGCCUCGACCUUC